UAGUGUAGUAAUUGCACAAGGCUUCCGGUUUCCACAAUCCCACAGCUACAUAUCAGCCCCCCCCAUAAGCUCCAUCCAUUCAAUAAACCAAACCUACGGAGCGCAUAUUGUCUUUAUUAUUGAUCCAUUCAAGUAUCUCGAAACUACACACGGGCUUCAAGAUAAUAUUUGACACAGGCCGAUUCUUCGUAAUUGACGUUAAGAGUAUUCUCAGCUUGCGCUCGUCCACCCACUCUCCCCCUCCCCCACAUUCGCCGUCAUUCGUUACUUCACAUCGCAUCGCCCUAGCGACUAUAUACGUAUAAGCUUACCGGAGAGCCCUCGCCGCUAAGAAUUUUUGAAUCAUAGCUUUGUCCGGUGCGUUACCGCGGACGCCAGUGAAUCACUAUGUGGAACGAUGAGGAAGACAACAACCCUUACGGCACGAGCUUUGAGCGCCGUGAUUCCAUAGCAUCCUCUUCUGCGCACCCUACUUCUCCGGGUUCUCACGACUACCAACAUCGCCCGAGUACCCCGUCUUCUACCAGUGAAGAUCUCCCGCUACCUCCUACCUACGGGCAGCAGCAUAUUACUGACCCCGAUAGCGACGAUGAAUAUGGGACCCAGAAUAGCCAGGCACCACGAAGGAAACCGGGUGGUUAUGAUAGCCGGAUUGAGCAGAUCCUCUACGAAAACCCAGAGCUUCCCAUCCUGAUCACAGAUGCCGGAAAGAGCGCGGAGAGCGGCGGGAAGUAUAUCGUUUAUACGAUCAGAACAGGGGACCUUGAAGUCCGGCGUCGAUACUCGGAAUUUGCGUCAUUACGCGAUGCGCUAACUAGGCUUCAUCCUACCCUUAUUGUUCCUCCUAUCCCCGAGAAGCAUACAAUGGCCGAUUAUGCUGCGAAUCCAACCAAUGCGAAGCAAGACCAGCAGAUUAUCGACUUGCGGAAGCGCAUGUUGGCUGUCUUCCUGAAUCGCUGCCGGCGGAUGGAACAGAUUCGAGACGACGGGGUCUUAUGGAGAUUCCUCGACCCGAAUGUUAGCUGGAAUGAAGUGCUACACUCGCAUCCUAUCUCAUCUAUUCCGAAGUCGAUUAUGAAAGCGCCACCACUAGACACGGCAAACCCUACGCCGGCGCACUCAUAUCUUCCAGUGCCGGCUGCCUCAGCCAAGCUAAAGACGCCUGUGAAUCCGCCUCCAGGCCCGGUGUUUGACAGUUCCACUACCGUUGCUUCUCAGAUACUCCGCCGAUUCCCUCCCGAAGCUCAUGGUUUAAACGAACAAGAAUUAGAUCCGUAUUUUAUCACCUACGAAGCAUCAAUCAAAGAACUAGAGCAAGCACUAAUGGGGCCGAUGGAGAAAGUCAACAGGCGCACACUCAACCACUUAAGUUCCCUAGCAACAGACCUUUCAGAUUUGGGUGCCAAGUAUAAUGCUUUUGCACUUUCCGAGCCAUCCCCGUCCUUAGCUGCGGCCAUCGAGAGGGUAGGUCAAGCUGCAGAUUCGUCAUACAUCGCGACGGAGGAAUUGUCAAGUUCGCUUGGAGCGAGCUUCGCCGAGCCCAUGAGAGAAAGUGCCCAAUUCGCAGGGGUUGUUCGCAAUGUACUACGGUACAGGAUUCUGAAAAGAGUCCAACAAGAAAUGGCCAACGACGAACUCCUUAAGAAAAAGGCUCUCCUAGAGCAGCUAGAAAGUAGUGAAGCUGAGGCAAAGCGAAUUGACCAGUAUCUUAGCAGCAGCCAACAAAUCGGGGGAAGUCAUCAAGUCCACGCGCCUCGAAGGUCGGUCAGUAUGAGAGAAACCUCAACACCGCACUAUAGAGAAAGCAGUGGGGAGGAUACAGCAUCUAUUGACUCAGACUUCCCUCCAAGCCAUGCAGAUAUUGCUUCAGCCCCUUCGGCGAGAGUGGGAGUUCCUGAGAGGUCAACUUCUAGUCCGAACCAUAAGAAGGCCCCUAGUAGCAACUCUAUCACCAAUAAGAUCUUUGGUCCGAUACGUCAUGCCAUACAAGGUGUUGCUGAUGUAGAUCCAGAGAGGACUCGGCGUGAUGCCAUAGGAAAGACACGCGAGAGUAUAGAGCAACUAGAACAAGCUCAGGUAGCAGCGGCGCAAGAUGUGAGGGAUGCGAGCGCAAGCAUCCUACAAGAUCUAAAGAGGUUCCAAAACGAGAAAGAAGACGACCUCAGACGUUAUAUGCUUGCCUAUGCGAAGAGCCAGAUCGAAUGGGCGAGAAAGAACAAGGAGACGUGGGAGGAGGCGAGGGCCGAGGUUGAAAAGAUCGAUGAGACGUAGAGCGUCCAGAAGAAAGACCGGCGGGUGCUAAAUCGCCCUAGGGCCAAGGCACAGGACUCACCAAACGAUGAUUACGUUGUUUUAUAAUGUUAUGAUGGUUUUGCCUCAUUCGGAAUGGAUAACUAAUAAGACGAACAUAACCGAUAUAUCACGAGAGUCUGGCCGGAUUAAAAUCUUUAACGGAGUAAGGAGUCCACAAGGCGACUUAAGGUUUUGUCUUCAAUAUAAUUUACCUAUUACGCCAAGACUUUAUGUUUACAGCAAUAGCGCUGAGGAUUGAGAGACCGGAAUUCCAAACUCCAAUUAGGUAAGUCAAGG